UUAUUUAGGACCUUCCACUAGUAUUUCCGGUGCCGGUAAUUCUUCGACACAAGGGCGAAAUUAUGGCGAGUUCUGUCGCAAAAAUUGUGAAAACUGUCAGCAAAACUGGCUGUCAGUUGCAUAAUUUGGCUGCCCCAGUAACACUGAGUGUGCAGCAAAAGAGACACUAUGCCGACAGAAAACGUAUCAAGGUGGCCAACCCAGUUGUGGAACUUGACGGAGACGAGAUGACAAGAAUCAUCUGGGAGAAGAUCAAGGAAAAGCUGAUCUUCCCCUACCUGGAGCUUGACUGCAAGUAUUACGACCUCGGUCUGCCCUACCGUGACGCCACGGACGACCAGGUCACCAUCGACUCUGCCGAGGCCAUCAAGAAGUACAAUGUGGGCAUCAAGUGUGCCACCAUUACGCCCGAUGAGGAACGUGUCAAAGAAUUUAAGCUCAAGAAGAUGUGGCUGUCGCCCAAUGGCACGCUCCGUAACAUCCUCGGUGGGACGGUGUUCAGGGAACCAAUCAUUUGUCAGAAGAUCCCUAGGCUGGUUCCAGGCUGGACACAGGCAAUUGUAAUUGGCAGACACGCCUUCGGAGACCAGUACAAAGCCACAGACAUGGUGUUUGAUGGGCCCGGGAAGUUUGAGGUCGCCUGGACACCUGCGGGAGGCAAGGAGACGAGGACCACGGUGUUCCAGUUCAAGAACGGAGGCGGCUGUGGCAUGGCCAUGUACAACACAGAUGAGUCCAUCACAGGGUUUGCCCACGCCUGUUUCCAGUACGCUAUCAUGAAAAAAUGGCCGCUCUACAUGAGCACCAAGAACACGAUUUUAAAACGCUACGACGGGCGAUUCAAGGACAUUUUCGAGGAUAUCUACCAGAGGGAAUACGUAAAGGAAUUCGAAAAGUUGAAAAUCUGGUACGAGCACCGGCUGAUAGACGACAUGGUUGCCCAGGCACUGAAAUCCAGUGGAGGCUUCGUGUGGGCCUGCAAGAACUACGACGGAGAUGUGCAGUCUGAUGUGGUGGCGCAGGGUUACGGGUCUCUGGGUCUGAUGACCAGUGUGCUGGUGUGCCCAGACGGGAAGACCAUUGAGGCAGAGGCAGCUCACGGCACAGUCACCCGGCACUACAGGGAACAUCAGAAGGGCAAACCAACCAGCACCAACCCAAUAGCCAGUAUCUUCGCCUGGACUCGAGGUCUGGAGCACAGAGGAAAGUUGGACGGUAACCAGGAGCUCAUACGUUGGUCUCAACUCCUCGAGAAAGCCUGCGUGGACACGGUGGACAGUGGAAAGAUGACAAAGGACCUCGCAGGAUGCAUCUACGGCCUUAAGAAUGUGAAGACUGAGCACUACCUUUACACAAUGGAUUUCCUGGAUGCUAUUGACGAAACCUUCCAGAAACUGCAGAAGAAAUAGACUGCCAAAUACCCCUGUGAUAUAUGCUUCGUUCUCGGAUACAUUGUCUACGAUCAUUACUGACCAACGAAAAACGUUGUGUACAUUUCUAAAAAAGAACAUUUUUUUUUUUUCGCUUGUGUGAUAUUUUUCUAAAAAUCUAUUUUUGUGCUGGCAACGAUUUGUGUAAAUGGACAGUUGGUUGUCUGCUUCUAGUGCGUCCCUUUUAUUCAGGAGUGUUUAGUUCAAAUUUGAACUUCAAUUAUUUGUCAUUUAUCAGCAUUAAAAUACGAUGUAUUUAUUAGGAGCAUUUGGAAUAAAUUGACAAAUAA